GACCGUUCGCAUGCGCAGUUUGGUGUUUAGUACUACCCGGCCUAGUCGGCUGGUAGGAGGAUGUUACACGUGGAGUUCUCUGUACGGAGCUCGCUGACGCUCUCCGGCGACGCUGGGACAGACCUUAGAAGCUGAAGAUGUCGGUCCCGGUGGCGGGGCUCCCGCCGCGGCUAGCGCUCUCAGCCUUUGCCGGCGCUGGUCGCUUUUGCGUAUUGGGUUCGGGAGCGGCGAGGUGGAGGGGCGUCCGCGCCGGGCACCGCCGAGGUUUGUCUGAUCUCCACCUGCAGCUGGUGCCUAGUCAGGGUUUCAGAGACUCGCCCUCUUGGUUGCCCAAGUACCGCUCAGAGCCCAAGAGUUACGUAACCAGUCCGAAACUGGCCACGACCUUGGUGCAGAUUCUGAAGAAAGAACGGAAAAACCCUGAUCAGCUCUUCCUGGAGUGCAAUCCAGGUCCUGGAAUCCUGACUCAAGCAUUACUUGAAAGCAAGGCCAAAGUGAUUGCCCUUGAAAGUAACAGAACUUUUCUUCCACAUUUGGAGUCCCUGCGCAAAAAGGUGAAUGGAAAACUAGAAGUGGUCUACUGUGACUUCUUUAAAAUGGAUCCUAGAAAUUUUGGAAUAGUAAAACCUCCCAUUAUGAUUUCAGAAACGCUUUUUCGGCAUCUGGGAAUAGAAGCGGUUCCUUGGUCAGAAGAUACCCCAUUAAGAGUAGUUGGAAUCUUCCCAGCAAAAAAUGAGAAAAAGAUACUUUGGAAGCUUUUAUAUGACCUAUAUUCUUCUACUUCCGUAUAUAGUUAUGGGCGAGUGGAACUAAAUAUGUUUAUUACUGAAAGGGAAUACGAGAAACUGGUGGCAAGUCCCAAAAAUCCACACUUGUAUCAAGCGUUAAGUGUGCUCUGGCAAGUAGCUUGUAAGAUUAAGCUUCUGCAUGUGGAGCCUUGGUCCUCAUUUGGUGUAUACGGCCAAAGUGGGAGACAGGAAAAGCUGAAGAAUAAGAAACCAUUAGAACAAAUAAAUAAACAAGUAGGACAAAACAUGUGUUUAAUUCAACUGACUCCUCUUCCGAAUUUAUUUACAGAAAAUUUAACAUCUGUUAACUAUGAUGUAUUUUUUCACAUGUUAAAGCAGUGUUUUAUGAAGCGUCAUUUCAAGCUAAUGGACCAUUUACAGUUAUUGAGUCCAGUUAAUGCAACAGCUAUAUUGAAGCAAAUAGAGAAACAUGGAGACAUGAAAAUAACAGAUCUUUACCCUCAAGACUUUAAACAGCUUUUUGAAACUAUAGAGUGUUCCAAAGAAUCCUGUAGGUGGCUAUUUGAUGAUUGCAUGGAAGAGAUGAUCAUGUAGGGAACUUGACUGGCCCACAUUAGCUGGAGCCAUUGAUUUAUUUGGAAAUUAUGACACAAAUGGAAGAGAACUAAGUUUGAAAAGCUUCCAGCCUUUCAACAGAAGAUAACUGUUCUUGUUUUGCAGCUGGGGCAGGUAACUUCUUCUGAAGGUGAUACCUUUAGUAAACUGGAUAAAACCAUGGCUGCUAGUUUAUUCACAAAAAAUAAAAUGAAAACUUAGUUAAUUGUG